CGUGUUCACUCCGUAGUUGUUGAAAUAUCUGAGGGCAGUGUUUAUUGAGUUCGGUAACGAGGAUUAACUUAAAUGUCAGAGAAUUUAAUUCAGUUUAAUUAUUGACGGUUAAGCGACGUGUUCCUCAUCAUAAUCAGUAACUUUUACUAUAAGUAAGAAACCUUGAAAAAGAACUUUUAAAGUUUCGCUAUUCAACAGAAAGCAUGUGAAGUAAAAUUAUCACAAUAUGCUCGGUGUUUAGCCUGGUAAGGAGUCUUAAAGCUCUUUAGUAGCUGCUUGUUUUAUCGACCUUUACCCCUGUUUACACGGCUGUGGACGGUCACCGGUAUGUUUCCUUUGGACUCUCCGUGGAACAUCUCGUUUGCAGGAUGUGGCUUUCUCGGUAUUUACCACGUCGGUGUAGCCAGCUGUCUGGUGGAGCAGGCUCCCUUUCUAGUGCAAAAUGCCCGACACAUCUAUGGGGCUUCCGCCGGAGCCAUCACUGCUACUGCCCUGGUCACCGGAGUAUGUCUUGGUGAAGCUGGUGCAAGCAUUAUUGAUGUUGCCAAAGACGCAAGGAAGCGUUUCCUGGGACCCAUGCAUCCUUCAUUUAACCUGGUCAAGAUAGUGCGUCACAUGUUGCGGCGCUUUCUGCCAGCUGAUUGUCACAACCAGGCCAGUGGGCGGUUAGGAAUUUCUCUAACCCGAGUGACAGAUGGAGAAAAUGUUGUGGUGUCUCAUUUCAGCAACAAGGAGGAGCUGGUGCAGGCCUGUGUCUGCAGUGCUUACAUCCCUGUGUACUGUGGCCUCAUUCCUCCCACACUACAUGGAGUGCGAUAUGUAGACGGAGGAAUCUCAGACAACCUGCCGCAGUAUGAGCUGAAAAAUACCAUCACCGUGUCUCCGUUUGCCGGAGAGAGUGACAUCUGCCCCCGAGACUCAUCCACCAACAUGCACGAGCUACGAUUCACCAACACCAGCAUCAAAUUCACCCUCCCCAACCUCUACAGAGUCUCCAAGGCACUUUUCCCUCCAGACCCAAUGGUUAUGAAGGCCAUGUGUAAGCAGGGAUAUAAAGAUGCUCUGCACUUUUUAAAGAGGAAUGGAUUGCUUCAGUUCAGUGGGCCAUAUAGAGACAGACCCCUGCUGACUCAUGGCAAAGAAAACAAGGAUUGUGAUGAUGACUAUGGAGGUAGUGAAAAGGAGGAAAAGCCAUAUUUGGAAGAGGCAACAGUGAUGGUCAUCUCUAGUUCAUCAAUAGAGGACAAUAUCAUGGAACACUUUCCUCAUACCCUGCACAAAGCUUUAGUAGAAGCCUGCAUGGAGAGGAGGAGCCUGGUGCAGUCGCUUAGCAACAUGCUUCCUGUCAGGAUGGCCUCAAUCUUGAUGCUCCCCUACACCCUCCCUCUGGAGUCCGCCAUGUCCUUGACUCUGAGACUCCUCGAGUGGCUGCCAGAUGUGCCAGAAGACAUUGGGUGGAUAAGAGAACAGAUAUUAAAAAUACUACAGCACCUUCUUCGUCAGACUUCUAAAAGCAUUUCUCAGCAUGUGUCUGCCAGGUUUUCCUGGCAGCUUGAACUGCACCACUACCAGUCCCUCCAGUCCCAGAUCAGCUCCACCAGCCUGUUUCCCAGCUCUUCAGUCCUCGAUGUCCUCAUGCGUCUCGAUCACUACAAGAGGCAGCUGCUGUCUGGAGUUUUGUGUAUCAACAUGGACCUGCAGGGCUCCUUCAGUGCUGGAAAGAUGUCUACAGAGACGGUCCCCCCAUCCAUCCUCUCCCAAGAAGGCCUCUCCCUGCAUGGAGGUUAUCUCAGCAUUUCACCUGCUGCUGACUCUUGAGGCAUCAUCAGCAGCUCCUGAGGGCUUUCACAGGUCUCUUAGUCAACUUGUUCAGACAUGAUUAUUCUACAUCCAGGAAUAUUUGAAAGGAAUUAAAUCAGAUCUUCUGUUUACACCAUAACAUUUAGAUAUUUUAAUCUAAUUAGCUCUUUUAAUGGCUGCAGAAAGCCAACAAAUUACCAGACAGGCCUACAGUGUGUUUCUUUUUAGUUUUUCUUCUGCUGAUGCCUGACACUGAAAUAAUUCUUCAGCUACUGUAUAAUUAUGCAGGCCUGCAGACAUAGUGAUUCUGCUUUUGAACUUUGCAUAUUUGCCCAAGCCGUUGUGUACAAACUUGAUUUAUGAGAUGAAGGCUAGAAAAAUGCACACUUUAAGUAGCAUGGUUACAACAGUGUUUAUGUUUCAAGUGGAAUGCAAUCAGACUGGUAGUUAGACAGUGAGUUACUGCUGCUCCGGGUUAUGAGACCCAAGUUACUCCUGACACACAGGCAGAGACAGGCCGGAUGUUUCUAACAAAAUGAUUCACGUAUAUGCCUCUUAUUGGUGCCUAUGUCGUAUUAAAAUGCACAGUCUUUAUGUCUGUAUGUUAGUAUGAGUGUUAGUGUCUUGUGCCUUAUCAGUUAUUUUGUAAACAAUACAGAAAAGGUUUUACUCUGAAUUCCCAACCAUAGAAACAUGUUUUCUGGUUUUUAAAUCAAUCUUUAUGGAUGUUAAAAAUCUUUUAGAACAUUUCCUUUUAAAUGCACAUUAAAUUUAUUUUUACAUCCUUAAUUUGAAUGGAUGAUUUAAUGCAUCAAAAGAAAUAUCACUAUGAUUAAAUAAUGAAAAGAAACUUUGUGUGUAAUAUUGCACUUUCUGAUUUGUUGAAACUUUUAUGGCUUCAAAUCACCUACCUGUUCCAAUACCUGUCUAUCAUUGUAUUCUAAGAACUGUAUGUAUGUAAUUGAGCCUAAACUAGUGCCUACUAUUUUUGCCUUGUGAAUUGAACAUGUUGUCAAAAUGUUGCAGGGAAUAUUAUUUAUGUGAUCAUUAAUUAAACUGGUAUUGUUUAUCA